CGCUUGUAUCAGCAACAGCUGUAGUGUCUCGUACUCUUCAAUUUUUCGGGCGCUCCUUCUCCAAGAUGGCAUCGUCGUCUACUUCUCACACGACGGCCGUUAUUGCUCAUCAAGUUAUCACAGAUCUCACCGUACGCCUCUUCUCUCCUAUACAUCCUCUCUCCACCAGUGAACUAGACCCGCACGUAUGGCACCGAGUCGAGAAAGAUCUCUAUUUAUAUACCUCUUGCCAGAGUGCAUGGUUGUAUGUAGCGCUAGUGAACGAGACAAAGCUUGUGGCUGGGGACCUGCUGGUUGUUGACAUUAAGGUUGGCCGGAAGCCGCCCAAUUCAAGCUCAGAUCAUCAAUGGGAGAGCCGACCUGGUGGAAUCUGGGUGCUGCGAGAGAAGUUCUCUGGAAAUAUCGACGAUGCUGUAACAGGUGUAGACGUUCUCUUUGGUGUGGACGCUGUUGAUCCACGACCACAAUGGACUCUGAUGGAAUUGCCGCUCAAACUUCAGGCUCGGGCAGAGGUACCGGUUGCAAGACUUAGCGUUCGCCGUGGUAGGGUCAUGCCGAGACCAGAUGCUCGGGAGGCUUUGAGAGUCAGGGAGGAUGGUAGAUUUAAGAUUGUUCAGAUAUCUGACACACACAUGGUCACUGGUGUCGGGGUUUGUAACGAUGCAAUUGAUGCCGAUGGGAAUCCUCUACCAAAGACCGAGGCUGACCCACUUACGGUAAAGUUUAUUGGAAAUAUCUUGGAUAUCGAGAAACCGAACCUUGUGAUUCUUGCUGGAGAUCAAUUGCACCAUGAUAUCCCCGACAGCCAAUCCGCUCUAUUCAAGGUGGUUGCCCCUCUUAUCGAGCGUUCAAUUCCAUUCGCAGCUGUUUUUGGCAACCAUGAUAGUGAGGGCAUCCAUGCAUUAACCCGUAUGUCACUUCUUUCGCAGGUUGCCAAUACACGGAGCUAGCAGUCGACAACAUACUUGGGACUAUUCCACUCUCAAAAACUUUGCAGGGCACAGAUGUCAAUACUUCAGGAUCUGCCCUUUAGUCUCUGCGAGUCAGGUCCAGAACAAAUCGACGGCAUAGGCAACUUCUACCUUCAGAUUCUGGCUCCCGCCCCAUCAAAUCUCCUGUUAUCAACUUUAUAUUUCCUAGACUCGCACGGACAAAUAGCGAGCUCUUUACAUAAUCCCGACUAUGAUCCAAUCAAGCAAAGUCAAAUUAACUGGUUCCUGAGCGUUUCCAAAGCGCAACGAAGCGCACAUGAGAAAGGCAAUGAUAAGAGUCGCUUCUAUUUGCCUUUGGUUUUCCUACACAUCCCUCUUCCUGAGUUCGGAGACCGCCGUCUUCGUAUACGCAACGGCCACCGGAGGGAGCCCACUGAAAGCCCAAGCUUCAAUUCCCAUUUCUACGACGCUUUAGUUGAAGCAGGUAUAUUAGCAGUAGGCUGUGGGCAUGACCAUGUGAAUGACUUUUGUGCUCUCCUACCACCUCAGAUGCAAGGUGAAAGUGACAGAAUCCCUCAGCUUGGCCCUUGGCUAUGCUAUGGAGGUUGCAGUGGAUUCGGGGGAUACUGUGAGUACGGCAUUGAACGUUAUCACCGACGAGUACGGGUUUUUGAACUCGAUGCCACGGCCGGGAGCCUGAAGACCUGGAAGCGAGUUGAAUAUGCUAUUAAUAGAGUUGAUGAGCUGGUGCUUGUGGAAAAUGGAGUGGUGAUUGAUACUCCAAGAGAAGAAAAUGAAGGCAGUUGGUAUGUAGGCAGUUGAAGUUGAUAUCUCAUGGGAAAAAGUAGUAUAUGGAGACUGCCUUAAACUUAGUUGUUUAGGUUCCGGGUCUCUCUGAUGUUGUUCUACCAAAGCCGACCUCAUACUCUGUCAAGCCGCUUGUCAAUUUCAUCUUCUCCCGUCAACUCUUGUAACUCUCUCCGUAGUAUAUUGGCCUCCUCCCGACGGCCUGCCUGUCGAAGCCAACCCUCCAGAACAUUCUUGAAUUCAAGGACCCAAGAGUGUUGUUCCCCCAAAUAAUAUUCAACCAUGCAUAUCGCAAGUCGCA